AGUUAACUAGAUUGGAACCUAUCUUCAGGUCGGUACACUGGCAAAUGUCAAUCACCUAUUAAAAAAUAUCAACAUUCUACAGAAAUUCUGGGUUAAUUGACAAAGAAUGAAUAUUAAAUUAGUUAAUGAUGUUAAAGAAGCGUUUUAAUUGAUAUUAAGUCCGGAGUGUUCUUUUUCAAAUGGUUUAAAAUGAAUCGAAGAAAAAGAAAGUGGAAAACUUUAAAAUGAAGAUAAUAACGUUCACCCUUCAUAUAAUUCUCAUAUAUUUAUUUUCGAAUCAUACAAUUUCAUCAGAAUAUCUAAAUAGAAAUUAUAAUGAGACGGCAACAGAAGAUUUUAUAGAGUCACCUUUAUGCUGCAAUUUAACAACAGAAAGAGUGGCAGUCAAUUACUCAUCAAAAAUAGUUGAAAAUGAGUACAUAGUGAUGUUCAAUGCUUAUUACAAAAGUAACACAAGAGAAAAUUACAUCAAUACAGCAUUAAAUUCAUCGGGAAUACAAAAGUGGAAGAUCCUUAGCAGAGAAAAUCCAGCUAGUGAAUACCCCAGUGAUUUCGAUGUAGUGAUAAUAGAAGAUAAUGAUAAACUAGAAGGCUUGAAUGCUUUGAAUGAUCAUCCAGCAGUUAAGAGAGUCACUGCUCAACGCAUGGUCUCUAGAACUCUAAAAAUAAGUCCGUUUACAAGAAUUGGUAGAACAAAUUUGAAUACCAAACCUCAGUUUAGACAUACAAACAGGAGGUUAUUAAGGGCUAUCCCCAGGCAGAUAACUUCAGUGUUGCAAGCAGAUUCCCUUUGGAAUAUGGGCAUUACUGGCAAAGGAGUAAAAGUUGCUAUAUUUGACACUGGUUUAUCAAGAAAUCAUCCUCACUUUAGAAAAAUAAAAGAACGCACUAAUUGGACCAAUGAAAAGACUUAUGAUGAUGGUCUUGGCCACGGAACUUUUGUUGCUGGAGUAAUUGCUUCGAGUAAAGAAUGUUUGGGAUUUGCACCUGAUGCCGAACUGCACAUUUUUAGAGUUUUCACCAACAAUCAAGUAUCUUACACCUCUUGGUUUUUAGAUGCUUUCAAUUAUGCCAUUUUAAAGAAGAUUAAUGUUUUAAAUUUAAGUAUUGGUGGUCCAGACUUUAAGGAUCAUCCCUUUGUUGACAAAGUUUGGGAAUUAACAGCAAAUAGAGUGAUAAUGGUAUCUGCUAUUGGUAAUGAUGGACCUCUUUAUGGUACUUUGAACAACCCAGCAGAUCAAAUGGAUGUUAUAGGGGUUGGAGGUAUCAAUUUUGAGGACCAAAUUGCCAAAUUUUCUUCAAGAGGUAUGACAACAUGGGAAUUACCACAAGGUUACGGUCGAGUUAAACCAGAUAUAGUAACUUAUGGUUCAGCUGUUAAAGGCUCUCACAUCAAAGGUGGCUGUCGAUCAUUAUCUGGAACUAGUGUAGCUUCACCAGUAGUAGCUGGAGCUGUUGUUCUGUUGACUAGUGCCGUUUUACAUCGUGGUGAUGUUAUCAAUCCAGCAAGUGUCAAACAAGCUCUUAUGGCUUCUGCCAGAAGAUUACCUGGUGUUAAUAUGUUUGAACAGGGUCAUGGGAAGCUGAAUUUAAUGAAAGCUUAUCAUAUAUUGAACAGUUACACCCCUCAAGCCAGUCUCAGUCCCAGCUAUAUCGAUCUCAGCGAAUGCCCUUAUAUGUGGCCUUAUUGCACUCAACCUCUUUAUCACACUUCAAUACCAGUUAUAGUAAACGUUACUAUCUUAAACGGCUUAGGAGUUUCCGGUCGCAUUGUAAAUAAACCACAAUGGCAUCCUUAUACUCCUCAGCAAGGUCAUUUGCUGGAAGUAGCGAUUACUUACUCGGAAAUACUGUGGCCUUGGUCCGGAUGGAUGGCUGUACAUUUGUCUGUUUCUAAAGAAGGAUCUGCAUAUGAGGGAUUUGCACAAGGUCAUGUGAUUGUUACAGUCGAAUCACCGCCAGGAAACGGCGAAUCAGAAACUAGACAAAGUAUAGUUAAAUUACCUAUUAGAGCGAAAAUUAUUCCUGUACCGCCUCGCCAUAAAAGAGUACUUUGGGAUCAGUAUCAUAAUUUAAGGUAUCCUCCAGGUUAUUUUCCUAGAGAUAACCUCAAAGUAAAAAACGAUCCAUUAGAUUGGAAUGGCGAUCAUAUUCAUACGAAUUUCAAGGAUAUGUAUCAAAAUUUAAGAAAUACUGGGUAUUAUGUAGAGGUUUUAGGCGCCCCUUUUACUUGUUUCGACGCAUCUCAUUAUGGUACUCUCUUAAUCGUCGAUCCCGAAGAAGAAUUUUUUCCUGAAGAGAUAAUGAAAUUAAAACGAGACGUAGAUACAGGUCUUUCGGUUAUAGUUUUUGCAGAUUGGUAUAAUGUCACUGUAAUGAAGAAAGUAAAAUUUUAUGAUGAAAAUACUAGACAGUGGUGGAUGCCGGACACGGGUGGUUCCAAUGUGCCUGCUCUUAACGAAUUAUUGUCAUUGUGGGAUAUCCAAUUAGGAGAUAGAGUUUUCGAAGGAAAAUUUUCGUUAAACGACCAUGAUGUAUAUUACGCUUCUGGUACUUGCAUUAGAACGUUUCCUAAGGAAGGGGUGGUAAUAGCCAGAGAAUUGUCCGACCAGGGAAGUGAGAUAUUAGGCGAGUCUGACACAACCAAAAACACGGUACAGAUUCUAGGUUUAAUUCAGACUAAAUCGACAGAUAAAAAGAGCGGUAGAAUAGUCGUUUAUGGCGAUUCAAAUUGUAUAGAUUCAAGUCAUUUGGAUACGGCCUGUUAUUGGAUGUUAGAUGCAAUGUUAGAAUAUACGGCAACCUCACAUAUGCCUUCUGUGUUCAAAGAUAACCAAUUGUUAGAUUGGGAGGAUUUAGCUGAUAUUGGAGUUCCUCAUCGAAUGGAAGGAAACCGAUUGUACAGAUACUCAAACGUUUUAGAAAAAGUUCUGGGAGAGGCUCAAGCUCGACCAAUACCACCAUGUCCACAUUUGAUAUAUACUCAACCAGUACCAUUGAAUGUAUCGGCACCCGGCAAUCUUUAUCAAUCUCAAAAAUUGCUAUCAUUAAUAGAAGACGUUAACGUUGUUCUACCAAUAGAUAACAAUAUUAAAGAUGCUUCCGGUUUGGAUAGCAAAGGAGAAUUUUUAGAAUGGAGUUGGCGCAACAAACCGUCGAAUGUAUCGAAUAAAAAUGAAAGUUUCGAUCUUACCCUCACCCUUCUCGUAUUUUUAUCUUGUAUCGUUAUAUAUUACAGCGUAAAAUGGUACAAACCAAAACCAAAGAAACGAAAGCUGUGCAAAAGAUUGUUAUCUAUCGUUAAUUGUAGACGCACUUCAACCGUUUGAGAUUUUACUUAUAUAACUAACAGUUAGUUACAUUUUUUAGGAAGCAAAAGAUGAAGUUCGAAAUAUUUCACAAAAGCGGAUUUUUUUUGUCAUUAUGUGGGAAUAUACUUCUCUUCGAAAUGAUGGACAUUCGGAUUCUUAUAUUUUUUAUAAAGUAAUUUUUUUUGACGAUUCCAUUUUGUAGUGUUCAUGAUUGUAUAAAUCACAACCUUUAAAUUUGCCUUCUGGUUAAAUGAGAGAAAUAUUUAGUUGUUUAUAAUUUGAGACUAUUAUUGGUUGAAUUCAAAAAAAUCACAAGAUUUUUAGGCUAUACAAUUAUUUUGGUUAUUAUCUUUUCCUCAGUAAUUUAACCAUUGCCUAUAUGCAGUUAUUCGGAUUCUUAUAUUUUUUAUAAAGUAAAUUUUUUUGCCGAUUCAAUUUUGUAGUGUUCUUGAUUGUAUGAACCUUCAAAUUUGCCUUCUGGUUAAACGAGAGAAAUAUUUAGUUGUUUAUAAUUUGAGACUAUUAUUGGUUGAAUUCAAAAAAAUCACAAGAUUAUUUAGGCUAUACAAUUAUUUUGGUUAUUAUCUUUUCCUCAGUAAUUUAAACAUUGCCUAUAUGCAGUUAUCAAAUAUUCUGGCAUUCUUGAAUGUGUGAAGAGCUUACAAAAUAUUCGAGAUACAAUCGGAUUGGCCUUCAAAGCUUCGAUGACAAAAGGGUAGGAAGUUGACAAAUGGAAAAUGUAUCAAUCUAGUAUAAGUUAUAUAAUAGUUUUAUUUAGCAAUACUUGAAAGAAGAAUAUUUUAAAGAACAAACAUUUGUGAAAUAUUUAAACUUAACGUUUCUUUCUACUAACGAAAAUGGCUUUUAAUAUUAGAAAACCAUGGUGAUCAAAUGUAAAUAGUUUUAUUUUUAUUUUAUGGUGAAUCUAAAAUAAAAAAUUAACAACUGAAAUUGAAAUUUCAUUUUAUUUCUAUUAGAAAUCUUUGAAUAAUAAGUUUUAGACUGGUUUAUUAAAAAUGGAACGCUGUAAUUAUACAUUUAUAUACAUUGUGGUCGAGAAUUAUGCACGGAUCCACGAGGUCCCGGCAGGAUGACACGAGGACAUAUCGGAGCAUAAUUAUUGUUUGAUGAAGUAUGAUUUUUUAGAGGGGAUAUAGUGAGAAAUUGACUCAUAAUGAUCGUGAGCGCUGUCAUAAGAAAGUUCAGGAGUAUGGUUGUGACCCUUUUGAGCUGCGGUACGACCAAAGAAGCUAUGAAGAAUUACAAGAGUUUAGAAGCUCACAAUAUUAUAUUACGUAUUUUGAUAUAAAUAGCUAGCAGCUAUCUAACGCAAAGCUCGGAAUAUAUCUUAAAAAGAGAAUAUUUUGAUAUUUUAUUGCCACAACCCCACAACAAUCAUUUUUAUUAUCAAGUUAGGAAAAACUUUGAAAAGUUAUCUCGUGAAUAGUGAUUCUAAUGUUAAGUAUAAAUAAACAUUACUUGUGAAAUUUGUUUUCUUUUCCUCUUUGAAGGAUAAUAUUCGACCAAAGAUGACUUUCGAUAUAGUACGAAUUUAACUUCUGUUCCUGACAUUUGCAACGAGUGUCAAAGUAUACUUACGUUUAAUAUUUGUCGUUUAUCCAGUAUGAAGUAUCCAGAUGCGGAAAUUUCUAUUGGGCGUACGUGUACCUGAACCAUAAAUGUAUGUAACUGAAAGGAAAGAGCGUUAUCAUCUUAUUUUGCGAAAUAAUAGUAUAUUUUCUUGGUAUCAGAAAAAUGUCAAUUAUCUCAAUGAAAAUAAAAAUUUGAGGAAACAAGUGCUAGACUUAUCACCUUUGAUGAUUCAGCGCGCUGUUUGGACCAAAAAAGAAAA